AUGGUCAGCCCGUGCGCCCUGCGCCUCCUGCUCCUCCUGCCGCUGGCCACCUGCUCCCCUUGGCUGGACAGAGAAGACCCCGGGGGUGUCCAGGCAGGCCCGGUGACCUGGGCCCAGGUGGCAGGGGGCCACCGUGUCCCGGGGGGCACCGCUUGGAGGCUGAGAGGCCUCUGGGCCCCCGCCCUGCUGGUCACGGCCAGAGAGCUGUCGAGCCGAGAGCAGGCCAGCUCUGGGGGCCCCUUUAUGAGGCGUGAAGACGACCAGGAGGCCCCCGACUUCCCCCCGGCUGACAGCAAGAAGGCCCCUGGGCCGCUGGGCACCCUGGUGGAGGGGCUCCAGGGCUACGGCAGGAAGAAAGGGGGCUUCAGCUUCCGCUUCGGCCGCGGGCCUGAGAAUCCUGGCAACGACUCCAGCCCGGGGGGAGCCCGGGGCGAGGGGCGCAGCUCUUCAAAGGUGCCGGACCCCGUCUUGGACCUGAGCCGCUAUUGA